GUAUUUUGCAGUUCAGCAGGCAGGCAGAGCAAACGCUUCGACGCUCAGAGGUUAUGUGUCCUAAGCAACCUCCAGUGUCCGGCGACGAGAUUUACCGUACGUCCGCAUCGUUCGCGGACACGGUGCAAAACGAAAACGCUUGUGGCCGCCUGAUCGUAAUUACUAAUUAAAAAUCGUCCUCCCGGUCCUCCGACAGAAACAAACUCCCGCAAAGUCGGUCGGUCCUCCGCCGCGCCAGCGAACAGCCGCCAAGAGUUACCGGCCGCUCUCGUCAGAUAGCGUCGCGACGGACGUCGUGCUCCAGAUUCACCUCUACCUAGUCCACCCUGGUCCGCAGCGUCAAUAACACACGGGGGCUACACAAAUAAAAUGCGGCUAUUUAAAAUCCGCUCGUCGACAAUGUGAGAGCCGCCGAUCUUUAACUGGGCCAUCAACGGCCACUUCCCUCUAAUCAUGAAGGCCAGUCUUCUGUUUGCUAUUCUGCUUCCAACGUGGGCCAGCGCGGUCGUGUGUCCGCAGCACUGCUCGUGCAAGUCGGUCGGUGCUCAGGCCGAAUGGCUGCGUCUCAAAUGUGGCGACGACUUGGCGGAGAUCAAGGAUGUGGAUGUCAACAAAGUCAGCGUGGAACUUAUACAACUGGACUUGAGCAAAAAUGUCAUUCACGUCAUUCAAGCGGAUGCGUUUGCGAAUCUGACGAAUCUCAGGCGACUCGACUUAUCGAAAAACAACAUUACUUCUGUGGGCGAGGACUGUUUCAAUGGCUUGGAAAACUUGGAGCGAUUAGAUCUGAGCCAGAAUCAGAUAUCAACAAUAGACAGCUAUGCGUUCAAGAAAUUAUCGAACCUCAAAAGGCUCGAUUUGUCUGGAAAUAAAAUUGCUACGCUGGCGCCAUCCUUAUUUCAUGAUUUGUUGGCCUUAGAUCGUUUGAGAUUAAAUGGAAACAGUUUGACUACUUUGAAAGAGGGAACGUUUCACGGGCUCAAGAUGUUAAAACAACUAGACUUAUCGAACAAUCCUUGGAAAUGUGAUUGCGACCUAUAUUGGUUCAGUAAUUGGAUCUACAAUUCUUCAAUUAAAUUAAACCCAACGCCCAAGUGCGCGUCGCCAAUAGUUGCCAAAGGGCAGUCAUUGAAGAAAUUAAGAUUCUUGGAGGAUCUUCAAUGUCAAUGGAUAUCGCCGGCAAUUGAAAUUCGUCCGGUUCAAAAUCAAGUGGUUUUCGCUGGAGAUUCGAUUACCUUGAAGUGCAGAGCGCCCAGUAUCACGGUAGACAAAAGCGCCAAGUUGAAUUGGUUGUGGUAUCCUAAUGUUACCGCCGAAAUCGUGGAUUUAAAUGCUUACAAGGAUCCGCGAAAGAAUUUACCCAACAUUAAGGUUGACAACAGGUACCUUUCGGAUAGCGGCAUCGUGGACAGUGCUCUUAGUAUAGUCCCAAUCAAGGAAGAGCAUAACGGACAAUGGAAUUGUUUACUGGUUUCCGUAAACGGCAACAAGUCGAAGGCAAUCAGCGUUAUUGUGAUAUCCGAGCAUACGCGUUAUUGUCCUCUAGCAGUAACAAGAAACAACAAGGGCAUUUACACGUGGCCGAGAACGAUAGUGGGAUGGAAAGCUGAGCUGCCGUGCGAAGGCAGUCGUCUGUCGGGCUUGAUGCAAGCGCCUUUGAAAGCUUUUUAUCACUGUAACACGAGCGGUCAGUGGGAACAUCUAAAUACGGAAUCGUGUCCAUACAUAUCUCAUACAACGAAAAUCUUGGAGCAAUUUUCGAAAGUUAAUCUAUCCUUGACGAAAAGCAGUCUGCUAGAGACGGCUAAGAGAUUCAAAAAUUACACGGGGAAUGGCUCGGUGAAGUUAACAGAUCCGGUCGAAGUUCACUUCAUUGUACGAACCAUAGAGAAUUACUUGAGCUUCUUGAUAGACGAGAAGGAACUCGGAAUCAUGUUGGUCGACAUCGUCAAUUCGAUGAUGAAAUUGCCGAAAGAGAUGUUAAAGAGAGCGGAAAUAAAUUUCAAAGCCUGCACGAGACUGAUUAAAGCGAUCGAGCAUAUUAUAGAAUUUACACCGUCCAUACAGUCACAUAAAAAGUAUAUGGCGCUCGAGGAGUUUCGUGUUAAGCGCGAUAGUUUUGGCGGAUUGACAUGUACGUGGUACACAAAUAUCGCUGCAAAUACCGAUUCGGACGCGAGAUUUCUGCACUGCACAACGAUUAACAGGACGACGCCGAUCAAUACGAAGGAUAAGGCGAUAGAGGCUUCCAUUCAGUUACCCGCUUCUUUGCUGCAUCACGGUGCGCAAGACGGUGUAAGAGCUCAACAGCUUAUGAUAUCUAUGUACAGCGACAGCAGAUUUUUUCCUAAGACGAUUGCAAACAAUAGCAUGGACAUAUCAACGUGUAUCGUCGGCAGUAAAUUAAUUGGUACGUCAAUGCGAAAUUUGUCCGAACCGGUUUAUGUCAUGUUGAAGGCACCGUUGUAUCAUUAUAACGGGAAAAGGCCGAGACCAGUGGUGUGGGACGAAACGUUAAAUAACGUGGGAGGAUGGACCAGUGAUGGAUGCCAUUUAACCAAUCUAUUGAAUAAUCUGAUAGUUUUUCAUUGCGAUAGAUUGGGAUAUUACGGACUUUUGCAGGAAGUUUCGCAUCUUGAUAUGGAUGGAAAUAGUUUGCACGGAGCGAAAUUUAGGUACUCGCAUCCCGCGAUAUAUAUCGGAAGUUUUGUGACGAUAACUUGCUUGAUGAUCAUGUCCGUGACGUAUAUUAUCUCUUAUACGUCUAUCACGAUGCCUAAGAAGGCGAAACACUCGGUUAUCAACACUUGGUUCGCCAUGGCGCUGUUAGCGUUCCUAUACAGCAUCGGCAUCCAGCAGACGGAACACAUCGAGAUUUGCCAGGGUGUUGGUCUUGCUUUACAUUAUCUGUCAUUGUGUUGCCUUCUGUGGAUGGCAGUGUCUGCCAGCAAUAUGUAUAAGAAACUAACGAAACCAGGCCUCGAUGUAAUACCUGACGACGAGCUUCCAGAUCAGCCUAUACCCAAGCCCUUGUUAGGACUCUACCUAGUCGGAUGGGGCGUGGCCUUGAUAAUCUGCGGAAUAUCCGGCGCGAUAAAUCUGCGCGAGUACGCCGGUUACUCUCAUUGCUUCCUCACGUCUGGUCCGGCGCUUGCUGCGCUUUUUAUACCGUCCGGAAUCUUAAUCGGGUACCUGCUAAUCUUCCUCUUGCUCAUCAGACGCGCGAUUCAAAACGUCGACACGAAUACGCAAUUGUCCGAGGGUACUCAGGCUACGGAGAACAUGGAUCUGGAGUUGUUGGAGCCGAACGCGAAUCCUUCCGGGGACAGGAACAGCAUGCGUAGCACGCAAACGGUGUCCUCCGAUAUCGAGGACCCGGAACACUCGCAGUUCACGCAGUGGAAAGGUCAAGUCAUAAUGUUGCUGUUGUAUUUGAUGUCCUGGGGUGGCGCGGUCGCGGUUACGAUCAAGCCGUUCGAUUCCAUGCCGUUCGAGGAGACCGUGUUUGCCGUGGCGUACGCCAUCACCACGAGUUCGCUGGGUGUAUUUGUACUGUUCUUUUACGGAAUCGCUCGUAACGACGUCCGGAGCCAGUGGCUGAAGAUGCGAUGCUGGCUGGAGAAGCGCAAGAAUCGUUGCUGCCGCACCAGGAGCGUGUGCGACGCGAACGUCGCGAUUCCGACGCAGCCGCUGGUGCAAAAUUUUGUCCCGCCGUUGUCGAAUUCGCAGGUCACCCAAGCGAUAUCCGACACGAAUUCCGUCGCUUCGUCGAGGAACACCAACCAGUCGCAACAAAUCUACAACAGCUCGAAGCUCGCGGACUUGGCGGUCAAUCGAGAGAGCAUGCCCGCCGUUUCCGUGAAUACGAAAGCGGCGAACCUAAUAGUAAUGCAUCGCCAUCAGUAUCGCUCUAACAACUCCGUCACCACAUAUACCGAGCCGUCGUCGGCUUGCGUCGAGAUGUUCUACAAUCCGCAUCAGAGCGGCGUCGCCCGGAAGUUCUUCAAGAAACAACGUAGACACGCGACCGCGAAGAAGAACAAUCUCGGCCCGAGGAAGCAGGGCGACGGCGGGGCUACUAGUGACGGGGGCAGUUGUAUUUCCAUACCACGGCCUACCGCGAAGAUCAACAACAGUCUGGAACGCAGCAUCCUCAGCAGCAGUGCUAAAGUGAACAAUACCAAUAUACACGUCGAGCUGAACCCCAUAAACGACAUCAAAAACGUGAAUAUAUUGUCCGACAGCGGCGGCAGCAUCUCCGAAGAAAGAAACAUUCCGAUACGCUUCGUCAUCGGCCAGGAGAAUCUGAUGCAUAGUAUCAAGAAGAUCAACAACAACGCGCAACAGGACAGCCCGCACGUUAACGUCGUAAUGUCCAAUACGACGAGAGAAACGUCGCAGUCGAGGAGAAUGGCACACGACUCGGACGCGGACGUUUCGAAGACGGACGAGGAGCGGCACUUGCGAAACGUCUCCCAGCAGUGCAGCUUAGAGUACAGCUCUGAGAUGGAUACCGUCACGCAGAUGACUAGCGAGCGGAGCGAUCACAAUCUGCCGGAAAUCUGCGAGAAUAUGGAAACGACGCAGGAGGAGCGUUUCUCGAGGUGUCCCAGCGUGGACGAGGUCGAGGUCAUCGCCGAGGAGGAAUGCGCGUCGAGAGACGUGGGACGGUUAUAUCUCUCCAACAGCAUGUACUGCCUACCGUUGGAGCACGAGAAACCGCUGAUGAACAGCUAUUGCAAUUCCCUGAACGACAUCGCGUCGCUGAUGAGCACAAAGUAUCGCGAGUACUCGAAACCGUCGCUGAUAGAUGUACAAAGCACAACCAGCUCGAAUCUAUGCGGGCAAGAAGUUCCUGAGUCCCGAGAAUCGUUCGAUCGUUCGGAACGUUCGCUCUUCGAGAUAAAUAGCUUGACUAGUGAUAAUCCGUGUACGUUGACGCCGCCGCACGCGGAGACCCCCUACGCCUGUUCCCUAUCGAAUAUCUAUUGUACCUCCGACAAAAGUUUGGAGGAGACCAACUCUCGCGAGGAAUCGCAACUGCCAAAUGUGAUUUUGGAUCACAAUGUGUUUAACGCACCCGAGUCCAAGAACCUUUUGCUGGAGAAGAACUUUAAUUCUCUCGCGGAUAUUCCGUCAAUUAGUAGGUCUAGUUCGCGCGAUAUAAAUAAUCUCAAUUUAAUCGACGAAAUGAACGCGUGUGCGGAACCUGCCAAGUCGAGUGAUAUACAACAAUUCGAGGCUAAUGAGAUCUAUAUAGAUGAGCCGAUGAGCCAUUUGCCAGUUAAGAAAGAAACGAGCGUUUAAUAUAUAAUUCCAUAUUAUGUAAUUUAUAUAUAAAUUAUACAUAAUUUAUAUAUAAACUAUGUAUA